AUGAGUCUGAACGUUAACGGGUAUCCGGACGAAAGUCUCUUGAGUGAUGCAAAUGUGUUUGCGCGACUCGAACCGUUAGUUGAUCCGCUCACAUCUGCGCUUCAUGAAAAAUCAUUAAAUGUGCCGAGCAAGGGUACUCUUCUGAAUGGACAACAAUUAUGUGAGUUUUUGUAUGAACUUGAUACAUUCCAAGAAGACGUGCUUGGAUAUCGGUCCGCUCGUCCCGCGAAUCCUGGCGCACAGUUACCAUCUUCGCGCCAUCCUUUGCGUCUCCCUGCAGCUCUUUUGCAAACGUUUGCGUCUUACACAAACUUUGAACCAUUGUCGUCAGACGCACCUCUUUUUUCCAUUUUUCUAUCAUGCUUUACAUUUUUAGCCGAGCACCAUGAAUCUACUUGGGAUCUGAAAGACAAAGAAAAGCGCAAUAUGUAUGUGGAAAUGAUCGCGCGAGUUCGAGCCGAAUUGCGAAGCAAGAAUCUCAUUCGUCCCGUUCGAAUUGCAGCUGCGAGCGACGUGACACAGGCAGAAGCUGCUCAUUUUCAGAGUCUUGCUGGUAGUCUGGGAUUUGAGUGGGUCGAAGACGCAAGUCAAGCCACACAUGUGCUUCGCCCUUCGACCGCAGAGCCUGCCGCACCCUCAUCUAGUGAUGGACCACCACCGGAGUCGGAAUAUUUCCGUACUUUAGCACACCAUGAUAAGAAGGUGCUGAUUCAUGUAUGGUAUCGUCCUGACUCGUACGAUACAUGGAUGCCUGACAAGGACUUUUCCGAGCCUGAGCCUGCUCCUGCGCCGCGCACCUCCGCGUGGUACAUUGAUGGGCGCUGGCUGCGCGACUCUCAAUUGUACAAUGAAAUUAUGAAUGAAGAAGACUACGAAGCGGAAGAAGAAGCAGAGACUUCGUCUGGUGUAGUUGGCUCAGGAAAGGAUGAAUCUCUUGCAAAUUCGGCCCCUUCGUCUGAACAAAAAGAGGAUGCACGGCGUUCCAAGAAGCACAGUUUACCUGACACGAUAAGUGAUGACACUGCAUCAAAGCGCAUAAAAAUACUGGUGGGCAAUCGCUCUGUGGGCGCACAAGCCAUUGACUUAUCUGGAUCGCAACCUAUUCCUGGUAAAAAGUAUGAGAGUGAGCCUAUUGUGUCUGGUACGCUGGGUAACUUGCCAACUAUGGAAGAGGUUACAAAUACGUCGUCACAAAGCGAACAUCUCCCUGUUCGCUCGGCUAACGCAUCGGAUGCGGUUCAUGAUGCUACGCAUGACGAGGUAUUGCAGACUGCCAGAAAGUACUUGGCCGAACAGACACAAGAGGUAAUUAUCCCUUCAUAUUCAACAUGGUUCGAUAUGUCUACUAUCAAUGCAAUCGAAAAGCGCUCGCUGCCCGAGUUUUUCAACAACAAGAAUCGAAGUAAGACACCUACUGUAUACAAGGAGUACCGCGACUUUAUGAUCAAUACAUACCGUCUGAACCCAAGCGAAUAUCUCACUUUCACUGCGUGUCGUCGUAACCUUGCUGGUGAUGUAUGUGCUAUCAUGCGGGUUCAUGCCUUCUUAGAGCAAUGGGGUCUAAUCAACUACCAAAUUGACCCGGAGACGCGCCCUGCUUCGCUCGGUCCACCCUUCACUGGUCAUUUCCGUGUACUCAUUGAUACUCCCCGUGGACUGUCGCCAAUGCAUCCCGGGACUCGGCCUGAUGCACCUAUCAAGUCAGAGACUGCUGCUACAGCUACAAGCACCGUGCCCAUGGAAGGCACAUCGCUAGAGUUGCGAAAAUCUAUUUUCCAAUCAACACUGAAGGGCUCGAGACCGGUCGACUUUGCUGAAGCUGAGUCUCUUGCAGCACAAGCAGCCCAAGAGCUUGACGCGCAACAAGACAAAAAGCCCGCGUAUGCAUGUGAUACCUGUGGUGCGGACUGCACGCCUUCGCGGUACCAGAGCGUCCGAGUCAAGGAAUUUGCCGUAUGCCCGCCUUGUUAUUUGGAAGGACGUUUUCCCACCUCCAUGUACUCAGGGGAUUUCGUGCUCUUGGACCACUCUGCGUACAAACAAGCUGGUCAUGCUGCAGGUGCCGGUAGUGUCAGCGGAGAUGACUGGACUGAUGAAGAGACACUCAAGUUACUUGAGGGCCUGGAGAUGUACGAAGAAGACUGGAGUUUAGUGUCUCUGCAUGUGGGUACGCGUUCCAGGGAGCAAUGUAUCACCAAGUUCAUCCAAUUGCCUAUCCAGGAUCCCUACCUUGAUGGUGCCACACAGAAGGAUCUGGGGGCGCUGCAAUAUGCGCCUCGUGAUCCCACAAGUGGGCAAGCUGUUCCUCUGCUUCCAUUUGCGCAGGCUGAUAACCCUGUCAUGAGCGUUGUGGCCUUGUUGGCGAGUGCCGUAAGCCCCGCUGUGGCGGCUGCUGCCGCCCAAAGUGCCCUUGGAACAUUAACAGACAAGGUGCGCAAAACUAUACAAGAUGCCGCUGGACAAGGCGCGCCAUCUUCUGAACAAGGAGAGACUGGAAAGGAUGCAUCGUUGGAAACGAAAGAGACACUUGACAAUUCAGGUGCACCGACCGAGGAAAUGGAUGAGGACACCGCAGCAGCUAGAUCAUCAUCCAACGAUGAGAAACAGAAUACAGGUGAGACGAUUCCCAAGAAUGAAGUUGAGCGUGCUGCCUCUAUCGCUCUAGGUGCAUCUGCCUGCAAGGCGUAUGUGCUAGCCAGCCACGAGGAGCGGGAGUGUCAGCGCCUAGUGCAGCAAGUGAUUGAGCUUCAGAUGAAAAAGAUGCAUCUGAAGAUGAGUCAAUUCGAAGAACUAGAAAACUUACUGGAAGGAGAACGCCGUUCAAUCGAGGCCGCCAGAAAGCAACUUUAUUCUGAUCGUUUGGCAGUGCAACGGCAAUUGGCUGCCGUGAAUGACCUUCUUCGCAAAGCAAGCACCGCUCCCCAGAAUGUGCGACCUGAUGAGCUGGCUCGUGCUAGCAGUUCUGUGAACGGUGUGCCUCAACAAGGCCCUGUGAUUCGUCGAGCACCUGGUACGAAUGUGCCUACGGACAGCAACGUCGCCAGAAUGGAUGGAUAA